AUGGGCGACCCUCUGUUGGACGACCCUCAAUCCUGCGCCGUGAGGAUUGUCCUCGUAGGGAAAACAGCAAGUGGUAAAAGCGCCACCGCCAACACCAUUCUUGGGGAAGACAAAUUUGUUUCAAAACUGUCUGUCCACUCUGUUACCCCGAAAUGCCAGAAAGCGUUCCGGGAGUGGAAGGGGAGGAACAUCCUCGUCGUGGACACCCCGGGGUUCUUUGACACCAAGGAGAAGCCGGACAUCACCUGCAGGGAGAUCAGAAAGUGCGUCCUCUUCUCCUCCCCGGGCCCUCACGCCUUCAUCCUGGUGCUGCAGCUGGGCCGCUACACAGAGGAACAGCAGAGAGUCUUUGCCAUGGUCAAGGCUCUCUUUGGGGAGUCGGUCACCAGGCAUAUGAUUGUCCUGUUCACAUACGGGGAAUGCUUGGGGGACUCAAGCCUACGUGACUUCAUAGCUGAAGCUGACGUGAGCCUAAGAAACAUGGUCAGGGAGUGUGGGGGCCGCUGCUGUGCCUUCAGCAACAGAGCAGCGAAGGCUGAGAAGGAAGCUCAGGUGCAGGAGCUGAUGCAGUUGGUAGAGAAAAUGAUCCUCAACAACUCCCACUUCACUGAUAACAUAUACUUGGGCAUAGAGGAAACGCUGAAACAGAAGGCUGAGGCUUUGAGGAAAAUCUACUCUGAUAGCUUAGAAAAGGAAAUUGAACUAAUAAAAAAAGAAUAUGCCCAUGAACCUCAGAAUGAAAAAGAAAAAAAAAUAAAAUUUCUUAAAGAGCUAUAUGAUCUUAGAAUUAGAAAUCUAAGGGAAGAGGAAGGGGAGAAUUUAUUACAUUCAUCAGUGCAGGUUCCCAGGAGCGUAUUGUCAAUGAUAUCGGCACUUCUGAAAUAAUGCAAAUAUCAGCUUACUCUCUGUUGUUUUUGUUCUUCUGGGUUUUAGGGGUUCUUUAUUUACAUAUCUUAACUCAUUUACUUUAAAUUAAAUGAAGAACUGUAGAAGAUUGCUAAGACCAAAGCAACAAAAAUUAAGAGACAAUCUAAAUCAACACAAAAUAAAUGAACAUUCUACCUUGUGUGUAUAUAAUUUGAGACAUCAAUAAAUCUACGAAGAAAAACGGAAAUUAUCCAACAUCUCUGAGGUUCAUAUAUCAUGUCUUUCUGCUGCAAGAGAAAUUCUCCUUGUAAAGACAUUUUAUUGAUGGCUGUUUGUAAAGACUCUAUACUUAUGGAUAAGAAAUUAAAAUUUCUCCCUCUAGACCUGUGUUUCCCUUGCCAGUGUCCUCAAAUAAUGUUUGAGAAAAUACAUAGCAUAAAAGAUAUAAAAUAAAUGUUUAUUGAUGUUGUG